AGCCCUCCAUUUGGAUGAAAAUCACAAUAAUAUCCAAUAGCUUAGCUUGGUCACUUUCCACAUUUCCAGGAAUUAGGAAAUUGGUUAAUUUUCAUAUGCUCCCCAAUUCAAUUCUACUUUCACACUGACUGGUCAAGAUCACUCAUCUCUUCUCCUUCUUCUAUUCCACCCUCAAUCCUUCUUCUCUUCUUCCAUUUUUUUUUUCUUUCCAAUUUUCCUUCUCUCAUCUUAGCCCUAUUCAAAAUAAGUUUUGCAGACUGUCUACCUUGAUCAUGGGUUUCAAUUCUGUCUAUAGAAGCUUGCAGGAGUUAUUUCCGCAGGUUGAUGCGAGGUUACUGAGAGCUGUGGCUAUUGAACACCCAAAGGAUGCUGAUCUUGCUGCUGGAAUUGUUCUUGCGGAAGUCAUCCCGUUCGUGUCCAAAAAAUUACCUCUUGCAACUCCUCCAUCGGACAAUGCCCAUGGGGCUCCACUAAAUGUUGAAGGUGGAGUUGCUCCUCCACAGGACAAUGCCCAUGGGGCUCCACUAAAUGUUCAAGGUGGAGUUGCUCCUCCACAGGAUAAUGCCCAUGUGGCUCCACUAAAUGUUGAAGGUGGAGUUGCUCCUCCACAGGAUAAUGCCCAUGGGGCUCCACUAAAUGUUGAAGCUGAAAGUGAGGAGGAAGGCGGUAGGUUGAGGCACCGUCAGCUUGUUCAAGACAUAGAUGUGGGGCCUUCUUCUGCUCCACAUUCUGUAUAUACCAAACCAGCUGAUUAUUCAUUGGUACCAGAUUUAAAUGAAGCUCUGGACAAUUCUACAUUGUCAAAUGUCAAUAAUUCAAACGGUGUUACUGAAAAGUUUCUUGGAAUGGAUGAUAUGAAAGAGUUAGAUGUUUUGCAGAAUGUUGAAGAUAACUUCGUUGAAGAGAUCUCAAGCAAGAUUGCUAUGGAGAUAUCAAAUUGCUUUAUUCAGGGAUAUAAUGAAAAUAUUGAUCAGAGACGACCUCAUGUUGAUGCUGAAUCUGAAAACUUGAUUUCUUCUGGUAUAUGUCAAGAGACGGAACCUGAGCAUAGCUACCAUAGCAAGGAGGCUAAAUCCACUAAUAACAAUGGAAGUGAGUCUGGAAACCGUUUAAAUGAAGAAUGGGUAGAUUUUGUAGGUCCUUCAGCUGAUGAUUAUGAUGCCACUACAGGUCACAUACCGGAGGAUUGUGAAACUAACUUGAUUGAGGUAGAAAGUUCUGAGGUUCAAGCUGUUUGUCUUGCUCAAGGGAAUACACUAAAUUCUAUAGAUAGUCUUCAAUCAGAAUUCAAUGCUGGGUUUUCUAGUGCUGAUGACAAAACUAGUGAUGUUGAAGAUGAUGUUGGUGGAAAGAAUGAAGUUAGCCAAUAUAGUCAAGUAUGCAGAAUUGAUCUGCUUGAGGAAAUCAUCGAUGACGCCAAAAGUAACAAGAAAACUUUGUUUUCAUCAAUGGAAUCUCUUAUCAACUUGAUGAGGGAUGUGCAACUUCAGGAGCAAGCUGCAGAGCAGGCCAGUCUGGAUGCUGCUACUGGAGGGUCUAAUAUUCUGGCCAUGGUAGAAGGAUAUAAAACAGUGCUGGAACAAGCUAAAGAAGCAAAUGACAUGCAUGCAGGAGAAGUGUACGGGGAAAAAGCAAUUCUGGCAACUGAACUGAAGGAACUUCAAUCACGCCUACUCAGCUUGUCUGAUGAAAGGGAUAAGUCUCUUGCAAUACUCAAUGAGAUGCGCCAAGUUCUUGAAGCACGACUAGCUGCAGCAGAAGAAUUUAAGAAAGCAGCUGAGAAUGAAAAGCUGGCAAAGGAGGAAUCAGCACAAAAGGCUCUUGCUGAACAGGAAAAACUGGUGGAGAAGGUACUACAUGAAUCAGGAAGACUACAGCAGGAGGCAGAAGAGAAUUCGAAGUUACGGGAGUUCCUUAUGGAUCGAGGGCAGGUUGUUGAUAUGUUGCAAGGAGAAAUUUCUGUUAUUUGUCAGGAUAUUAGGCUUCUAAAAGAGAGAUUUGAUGCAAAUCUUCCAUUGAGUGAAUCCUUCACCUCAAGUCAGACCAGUUGCAAGUUAGCUUCAUCAGGUACGUCCCACAAAACCGCGGCAUCUGAUGUAGCUUCUGUGCAUACUGAUUCAUCUGAAAGAAGUAAGACAAGCCAGGUAACCUCAAGUGAAAACCUUUCUCCAAAAGGUGGGCACGAGGAGGAAAAAUCAAAAGCUUAUCACAAUGCUCUUCUUGAUGAUGGGUGGGAUAUUUUUGAGAAAGAUGCAGAGCUGAAUUCUGGAGUUUACUGAGUGCUUGGUUCGUGCUUAUUGUUUAUACAACAAAAUAAACCUUAGAAUCCUUGGAUGUCACUGAUUACUUGUGAUCUGGAUAUUUUUGCUAUAUAGUACUCCGAGGUUCGGUUCUCUUUGUUUUACAAAUUUUGUAUAUAAAACGACUCUGAGAAUUACUUGAUUUCUUCUGUCACCUGCAA